AGGUUUGAUUGGGUAUAUAGAAAAAAAAACAUAAAACAUACUGUAAAUGACAUGAGAAUAAAGAAUAUUAGCUCAUGUCUAAAUAUAGAGAUGUACAAAAUUUAAAGAUCAUGCAUAUUCUCCUUUAACAAUCUCUUUUUCUUCAUAAAAUUUUGGACUUUCAAAAAUGAUAAACGUAGCAUGUAGCAAACUAUCACAAUAGAUAGAGUAUAUGACUUUUGACAAUUCCCAACAUACUAAAAAGAUUGUAUUAAUGACUUCAUAGUAAAGAAUACUCAAGGCUCAAGCUAUUGAUACUUGAAAGUUUAAACAAGCAAAUUCCGUGAUAAAGUAAUACACUACAAUGAAUGUGAUGAAUAAAACAGAAUCAUAUAUUAAGUUCAAACAAACCUCCUAAUUUUGUAUUUUGUGCAUACAAAACAUAACUUAACUUCAAUCAAGUUCAUAAGAUAAACCCAUCUUCUAAUAUACUCUUACAUCAUAUCAACUAUCUAUUAGCUAUUAGCUAUCAGCAAGCAGAAAUGCAGUGUUAUAGACCUGUUUCCUUAAACCAAAUCAGUGUUCCUCAGGCACAUUUCUGCAAGACUAAUAGUAGUAAUGAUGUUUACAACAAUAUUAGGCUGAAGACACUCAAUGGCUGCGAGUUGCGCAUUUCGCAGCAUCGUUUUCUCUACAAUGCAGAGGGUGGGAGAGGGAUCGGCAGCUGUAUCAAGAGUCUAGAACACGAUGAUUUAAAAAGCCAAGUUCCAAUCAGAUAUGAUUUUGAUCUGAAAACAGUGCACAUUCCUCCAUUGACAAGCACAACAUGUAUGUUGGAAGGGCUUGUGUUAGUUCCUUUGCCACCUUUUGUGAAGGUUGAUGUUGUCCCAGAACUUAUCCAAGGAAACAUAUACAAGGAUUCUGGAAAGAUUGAAUUUAAGAUCAAAUUUAAGUUCCUAUUUUCCAUGGGAAGCAGCUAUAAAGUCUCUCCUAUGCACAUAGACAUGACAUUAACAACUGAAGAACUGAAGGGAGCAUCAUCUAAGAGCACAAGAGGGAAGAGGAUAGGUAAAGAAGGGCAGUGCGAAUUGGUUGGCAUAACCAAAAUUGAUCCAGUUGAUGACAAUUACAUAAAUUUGGUUCUUGGCCUGCCUUCUGAAUGUCUGGCCAGUAUGAAAGCUAUUGUUUCUUUCUUCUAGUUUAUACCCAAAACACAGCAGUAGGCAAUAAGGGAUAAUUCUACAGUGAUUGGCUUUAAAUCCAACCACUAUAAUAAAUUCAAGUAAAUGAUAUUGAUAAAAUUUAAUAUUAAGUUUGACAAUAUUAACGAUAACUUAAAAAUAUUUAUAAAUUUGUCAUUUUUAAUUAAUAGAAAAAA